AUGGCCGAGACCGACGAGACCAGGCGAAUCGUCUGCCCGUUAAACGAGGAUAGGAAGAAGCUUAAAAGCGGAUGCGAGAUCGGGGUUUAUCGACGCUCGGUCCGGCAGAUGGGGAAAGGGGAGGAGAAGAAGAAGUCCCCAGGAGACUUGCUCGCAGUAGAACCUGUGAUAUUUACCUAUGCAGCGAAGGACGAUCCUGAAACUCCUGAGGCGGGCGCAGCUUUUGCCUUCAUCGGUUUGGCGGUUGCAAAGGCCGAUUUUCCUGGGGGUGGGGAUGACUAA